GCUCCUAUUCCUUCUGCGGGUCGCUUGCACCCGAGAAUCUGCUGCCAGCACCUCGGGAAAUCUCCACCGCCGACUGUGGGGGUCCGAAGCUCCACCCGAAGCGCUUUAUUCAUCAAAACACCCAUUAGCUCCCCACAGUGCUCCAGGCAUUGUUGUCCCCCCGUACGCUGGGAAUUGUUAUUGUGACAGCUCCGAGACAGCCCUGACUCUGGGUGUCUCACGGAGACGAGCACAAGCCUGCUGACGCGUGUUUGCAGAGGAGCUGAAGGGGAAAGACGACUUCCAGAAGGCUUCCAGCAAGCAUCACUUUUAAUCAUCGACAGCGGUUCUUAUGCCCAUCCCUGCAAUAAUUAUCCUUAAGAUUGAAGUUACCCUUAAAAUAACAGGGUGAUGGAUAGGCAAGGGGCCUGCAGGGAUCCUGUUUGGAAGUAUUUUCAGUCUGUCCAGUACGGAACCCAUGGAAAUUUUUCAAGACUUUCACACCCAACUUUCCUUCCACGUUUUGAAUUCCAAGACGUUAUUCCUCCAGAUGACUUCCUAACUAGUGAUGAAGAGCUAGAUCCCAUUUUAUUUGGAACUUUGAGAGGUCAAGUUGUUGGACUUCGCUAUUACACAGGAGUAGUAAAUAAUAAUGAAAUGGUUUCUUUACAACGAGAGCCUAAUAAUCCGUAUGAUAAGAAUGCAAUUAGAGUAAAUAAUGUGAAUGGAAAUCAGGUUGGCCAUUUAAAGAGAGAUCUUGCAGCUGCCUUGGCCUAUAUCAUGGACAACAAGUUGGCACAAGUGGAAGGGGUAGUUCCUUACGGUGCAAAUAAUGCUUUUACCAUGCCUCUUCAUAUGACUUUUUGGGGAAAAGAAGAAAAUAGGAAAGUGGUUUUAAAUCAGUUGAUGAAACAUGGAUUUAAGUUGGGUCCCACACCAAAAACUUUAGGAUUGAGUUUGGAGAGUAGUUGGAGCUCUGGAAGAGCUGGACCAAGCUAUAAUAUGCCAGCUCAUGUUGCAGUACAGAUGACCACUGAGCAGCUCAAAAUGGAAUUUGACAAAUUAUUUGAAGAUUUAAAAGAAGAUAGUAAAACUAAUGAAAUGGAGCCAUCUGAGGCUAUUGAAACCCCAUUACUUCCACACCAAAAACAAGCCCUGGCUUGGAUGAUUUCACGAGAGAACAGCAAAGACCUUCCACCAUUCUGGGAACAGCGAAAUGACUUAUAUUAUAACACAAUAACAAAUUUUUCUGAGAAGGAACGACCGGAAAAUGUCCAUGGAGGAAUUUUAGCUGAUGAUAUGGGUUUGGGCAAAACUCUUACUGCCAUUGCAGUAAUUCUUACCAACUUUGCUGAUGGCAAGCCUCUUCUCAGUAAAAGAAGCAAGAAGAAUCAGCCAAGAAAGGAAUACAAGGAUGAGACUGUCAAACUGCGAGGAAGUAAGACUAACAAAGAGGCAGAUGGACUAAGCACACUAGAGCCAUCCAGAUGUAGUGAAGAACCUGGUGUUUCAGAUAUUCAGGAGAAUAAGAAGUAUCCUAUGUCAGAAUUGUCCAGUUUCUGCCCUAAAAGGAGAAAAAUUGCUGUUCAGUACAUUGAAAGCAGUGAUUCAGAGGAAAUGGAAACUAGUGAACUGCCACAGACAAUGAAAGGCAAGCUGAAAAAUGCACAGUCAUAUACUAAAAGUAGAGUAAAAGGAUCAUCUAAAGUUAAAGAAGAUACAGAAUUUGCUCAUGCACUUGCUUCAUCUGCCUCUGUAACAAAGAAGAAAAUGUUGAAAAAGGGGGCAUCUGUGAUGAAGGGCUCAAAGAAAUGUGACACUGGAGAGAGGACAAGAACAACACUGAUCAUCUGUCCACUUUCUGUGCUGAGCAAUUGGAUUGAUCAAUUUGGACAACAUAUAAAAUCAGAAGUGCACUUGAAUUUUUAUGUUUAUUAUGGUCCCGAUCGUAUUAGAGAUCCAGCCUUGCUUUCAAAACAGGAUAUUGUUUUGACAACUUAUAAUAUUUUAACUCAUGAUUAUGGAACUAAAGAUGAUAGUCCAUUACAUAGCAUUAAAUGGCUAAGAGUGAUCCUUGAUGAAGGACAUGCUAUACGAAAUCCAAAUGCUCAGCAGACAAAAGCUGUACUUGACUUAGAAGCAGAAAGAAGAUGGGUAUUGACAGGUACUCCUAUCCAGAAUUCUUUAAAGGACUUGUGGUCUCUUCUGUCCUUUUUAAAACUUAAGCCAUUUAUUGAUAGAGAGUGGUGGCACAGAACAAUACAGCGUCCUGUUACAAUGGGAGACGAGGGAGGACUUAGGCGUUUACAGUCCUUAAUUAAAAAUAUCACACUUCGAAGAACAAAGACAAGCAAAAUUAAAGGGAAACCUGUUUUAGAGUUACCAGAAAGAAAAGUGUUUAUUCAGCACAUUACACUUUCAGAAGAAGAGAGAAAGAUUUAUCAGUCUGUUAAAAAUGAAGGCAAAGCUACCAUUGGAAGGUAUUUUACUGAAGGGACUGUCCUUGCACACUAUGCAGAUGUCUUGGGUCUUCUGCUUAGAUUGAGGCAGAUUUGUUGUCAUACUCAUCUUCUUACAAAUGGAAUGUCUUCGAGUGGUCCCUCUGGAAAUGAUACACCUGAAGAACUGAGGAAGAUGUUAAUAAAGAAGAUGAAGUUAAUUCUGAGCUCUGGUUCAGAUGAAGAAUGUGCAAUUUGCCUGGAUUCAUUAACAGUUCCUGUGAUAACACAUUGUGCACAUGUGUUUUGUAAACCUUGUAUCUGCCAAGUCAUUCAGAAUGAGCAGCCACAUGCUAAAUGCCCUUUAUGCAGAAAUAAUAUACAUGGAGACAAUUUAUUAGAAUGUCCACCAGAAGAGUUGGCAUGUAACAGUGAGAAAAAGUCCAAAAUGGAAUGGACAUCCAGUUCAAAGAUUAAUGCUCUAAUGCAUGCUUUGAUUGAAUUACGGACAGAGAACCCCAACAUAAAAAGUUUAGUUGUUUCUCAGUUUACCACAUUCUUGUCUUUAAUAGAAACACCACUUAAAGACUCGGGAUUUGUGUUUACUCGUUUAGAUGGUUCCAUGGCUCAAAAGAAAAGAGUUGAGUCAAUUCAGUGUUUUCAAAACACAGAAGCAGGAUCUCCCACUGUAAUGCUACUGUCCUUAAAAGCAGGUGGAGUUGGCUUGAAUCUUUGUGCAGCUUCUCGGGUGUUCUUAAUGGAUCCGGCUUGGAACCCGGCGGCAGAAGAUCAGUGCUUUGACAGAUGCCAUAGACUUGGCCAGAAACAAGAGGUUAUCAUCACAAAAUUCAUUGUAAAGGAUUCUGUCGAAGAAAAUAUGUUGAAAAUACAAAACACAAAAAGAGAACUUGCAGCUGGAGCUUUUGGAACUAAAAAAACAGAUGCUAAUGAAAUGAAACAAGCUAAAAUUAAUGAAAUCAGAACUUUAAUUGAUUUAUAAUUUGUGGGAUUUUUGUAAGGUAAGAGAUUACUAAGGAAAGCCUCAUGGCUUAUGGUACAGACUGAAGAACAUCUGAGAUUUUAUUUAUGCUACCAGAGACUUGACUGAAGAGAUAUGUACCGGUCUAAGGUGUAUGCCAUAUAUUGUACCCCCUCAGUCAUCUCCAACCUUUUAUUUCUCCAAAGGAACAGGAUUAAUGAGCAAGAAUCUUCUUGGUACCAUUCCUUAGAGGAACAGGUGAGGCAGGCAUGGUUUUAGGAAAGACACUUCUGCAGGGGUGAAAGUGGAAUAAUGGAGACUGGCCUGCUAAGGUUAGGAGUCCCUUGGGAGAUUUUCUACCUUGUAGGACUAGCCAUCCCGUGUCAUGACAUACAGGAUUAAGGUUCUGUAGUACCCACACAGUGAAAUUAAGUAUAAACUGUUUCUGGCCCAACAAGAAAGAAACCCAGCCUACUUAUAACCCAGCUUACCUAUUUUAAUUACAGAUAAACUCAGGCACAGAAGUGAAGGCAAUGUGCUGCUUACCCAGAAAACUACAUACAUUAUUGUGCUUCAAAAUAUAUGCAUAACAAUAAAAUUUAUCAAGCAGUUUUUCUUAGUAUAUUAAGUGGUGUUAAUAAAAGUUAAUUCAAGAUAUAUAAACCACCGGAAUGAAAAAUUUUAUGCUAUGCUGUUUUAUUACUUAGAAAUAUAUUGAAAAUAUUGUAUUUCUAGUUGUGUUUCAAACUGGAUUUUUCUUUAAAUUUAAAAUCAAUAAAAAGCUAAAAAAUUA